CGGUCAUUCACUGCAACUACAUUGCGGACACUGGGCUGUCCUCUCUCCCGGACUCUGCAGCCUCUCCCCCGGACUGUCCAGCCUUUCUCCCACGGACUCUGCAGCCUUUCCCCCAGACUGUCCAGCCUCUCUCCCACGGACUCUGCAGCCUCUCCCUCGGACUGUCCAGCCUCUCUCCCCCGGACUCUGCAACCUCUCCUCCGGACUGUCCAGCCUCUCUCCCCCGGAUUCUGCAGCCAUGCCCGCGGAACCAGAGAUCCCUAAAGAGGUGCCCGAGGGACAGCCCAUGGACCUGGCUGUGGAGGAUGUCACUGGCACCUCACUCACUCUCCAAUGGAACCCACCCAAAUACAUUGGCUCUGCUGGCUUGGCAGGAUACAUUGUGGAAUAUCGAAAGGAAAGCACUGAAACCUGGGUUGCUGUUAAUAAGGAAGUGACCACAAAAACUGUGAUGGUGAUUAAAAACCUGACCGAAGAUGACAAGGUUCAGGCUCGGGUUAAAGCGGUUCACGGUGAUGGUGGAACUGGCACUACUGUCUUUCCAGAGCUAGUGCUAAUCAAGCAGCCCAUCGAUGCUCCCAAAAUCCGUUUGCCUCGCAACUUGAGGGAAACCUUUAUUAGGAAAGUUGGGCAGACAUUAAAUCUCUCCAUACCCAUCCAGGGCAACCCUCAACAUUCCAUAACCUGGACAAAGGAUGAGCAACCAGUGGACACAGCCCGUGUCAAUAUCCGGAAUAGCCCCAGGGACACAAUCUUAUUCAUCAGGAAGCUGGAGAGAGGGGAUUCAGGAAAGUACAAGCUGACGGCCCAGAUAGACACCCUGGUGGAUGAUGUGGUCAUUGACAUCCAGAUUGUGGAAAAGCCUGGUCCUCCACAGAACUUGAAGAUGUUGGACGUGUGGGGAUUUAACGUGGCAUUGGAGUGGCAGCCACCAAAGGACAAUGGAAAUGCUGAAAUCAGUGGCUACACAAUUCAGAAAGCUGACAAAAAAACAGGGGAAUGGUUCACUGUGCUGGAGAAGUGCCAUCCCUGCUCCUACACCAUCUCUGACCUGGUGAUGGGAAAUCGCUACAACUUUCGAGUCUUCUCCGAGAACUUGUGUGGACUCAGUGAGACUGCAGCGCAGUGCAAGGACGCGGCCUACAUCCCUAAAAUAAGUACUACAUACAAUCCCCCUGUGUACCAAGAGAAAGACUUCACUGAACCCCCUAAAUUCACGCAGCCCCCGGCAGAUAAGACUGCGACUGUGGGAUUCACCACCAAACUCUUCUGCAGCGUGAGAGGAAACCCCAAGCCCAAAAUCAGUUGGUUGAAGAACCAAAUGUUGCUUGACCAAGACCCCAAAUUCAGAGCUCUGACAAAUGAGGGGAUCUGUACACUUGAGAUCCGCAAGCCUAGCCCCUUCGACGGAGGAGUCUACACAUGUAAAGCAGUCAAUGCACUAGGAGAAGCGGUAGCAGACUGCAGGCUUGAUGUGAAAGCUGUCCCUGUGCCCCAGUGAAGAUUGGAACCAUUGGAACAGCCCCUCUGGACAGAUGCGUUUAACGUCAUUGCCCUCGUGCCUCGUAGACUUGAAGGACAGACUCCAGCUGUCCUCUGUGCUGAACUCAGCUGAAAUUUAGUUAACAUUUAUUGAAAGCUUUAUGUAUCUGUGAAUCCCACUGUAAGCCGCACAGCGGGUAAAUUUUCCUUUCCUUCGUAUGUCUCUUCCCCUGAAAUAAUAAUAUUUGAAAUCAUGUGUGACAUUAGUAGAGGAGUGACAUUGAAACUUGACACUGUGCAAAUAAAAACUAUACACAGG